GUCAAAUUGAAAAUUCAAAAGGCCGACGUCAAAUUUAAUUUGUGCCUCAAAUAUUUGAUUAAUUUAUUUAGAUAUUAUAAUAAUAUACUCAAAAAAAUGGAGAAUAGUACCAGAUUCAAUGAUAUCGACCUUCUUCAGGAAGCGCAGAUAUGUUGGGCAUUCCCAUCAGAUCGUGAGUACACCUACUUUGAAUCCCCCGCUCUGUAUCCGGUGGCCAAUGGAGAAGAGCCAAAUCAAAAUUUUAAUCCUGCAACCAACCCAGAAGUUUCCUCAAAUUGUACCAUAGACGUUGAGUAUUCCGCACCCACAGGGCAGUAUAUUGUUCAACAGAAAGUUGAUGCUAAUUCGAUGCCUAACAAGAUGACACAUCAACAAGCCGCUGCUGUCCAAUGGUUGAUGGAACAUUUCGAGAUCUCAGCUCGAACUUCCCUUCCUAGAUCGACAAUUUACGGUCAUUACUUAAAACACUCCUUAGAUAAUAAGCUGGAACCUUUUAAUGCUGCUUCAUUUGGAAAACUUAUACGUUCGGUGUUUCUAGACCUGAAAACUAGACGUCUUGGAACAAGGGGCAAUUCUAAAUAUCAUUACCAAGGUAUUCAGCUUAAGCCGAGCUCUCCUUUAAAAAAUAUCGAAGCUUCUUCAAGCAAGGUUACUUUGAAUUUAAGUUACGCAGACAAUUCUCAAGCUACUACUGUCCGUCAAUCGGAUUCGUCGGAUACUACACGGUCAAAUGGGUCAUUGCUUCAACAAGGAGUGGCAUAUUUGGGAGAAGCGAGCAACGCGAUACCGGCGUUUCCUGAAAUUUAUUUUCAAGAAUCAUUGCCUGAGGAUUGUGUAUAUGAAGAUGUGGAUACGCUUAAAUCAAUAUACAGGGAACAUUUGGAAGCAUUCUUAGAUGCUAUAUUAAGCUUAGAUUUCAACACUGUUGAGACUUUAUGGAGGGAAUUUUGGAGAUCUCAAUACGAUGAUAAUGGAGAUGAAUGCGAAGAAGAAAAUUAUUUUUCCAAGUCCAAGCUGUUUUCCCUUUGCUCACUAGAACCAGUUCAAACUUUCAUAAAACAAGUGGAUUUGAUGUUUUACCAGAACCUUAUCCAGAUAUUAGUUCCUGAUAUUCUGAAGCCUUUUCCAGUCAGUCAUGUCCAAUCUAUAUGGUCCUUUGCUAAUAAUCUGGACAAUUGGCUGAAGAGUGCAAUGGUGGACGCCCCACCGUCAAUGCUUCAAAUAAAACUGACCACAGCAUAUGCUUUCAGUUCCGGUUUGCAAGCCCACACCAAGCUCAACCACGUAAUGCAAGCUUCUAAAGCUGUUUUGCAAAACCGAAUCAGAACUGGACAAAUGUUGGCUGAUUUGAACAACGUCGAUUUCAAGAGAAUUAGAAAACAAGCAGCUUGGUUUUUUGGAUGUCACGAUGAAAUUAUAUCUCGUUUCGAGAACGAGUUCAAGCUUAACUUGCAGAAGCAAAGCUCUUUGGAGGACUGGACAUGUUGGCUGGAGAGUGUGACGAAAAGUGCAUUGAAGCCUUAUGAAGGUCUGCCGACUUUUUCGAAAAGAGCAAGAGAAUUAGUGAUAAAAUGGAGUUUUUUCAGCUGUAUGGUAAUAACGGAUCUCAGUUUUCGUUCAGCAAUAACCUUUGGAUCGUUUCAUUUGAUUCGUUUGCUAAAUGAUGAGUACAUGACUCACAUAAUCAAGAAUCAAAUUGCUAGAGCCACUGGUCUACUUCCUAUCGCUGUCAUGUUGGAGGACACUAAAGAAGACCUCGUGCAAAAUCACCCAAGCGUGUACGGCGCCAACGAGCCGUAUUUCUUUCCGACUGAUCAAUCUAGGAUGUAGUAAUAUUUAUUUUAAUUAUGUUAUUGUUGAACCCUUAUUUGUUGAUAAUAGUUUGUAGUUCUAUUUAAAGAGUUUCUGUAAUAAAAUAGUUAUCUAGUAAUUUACUUCUACUUAUCAUUUUUAUUUGAAAUAAUUAACAUCAAUCUAUGUACCUAGUUGUUAU